AUUUUGCUUUGUUUUAGAAUUUCAUAUAUAUUUUUUUGUGGCUCCUCCUUCACCGCUCAUUCACUGGUUUUUUAUCUCUUAUUUCUCCUUCUCCUCAUCUCCUCCUCCGCAUCACCGUCGUGCUCUUCCUCAGUUCUGCCGCCGGAGAUGAUGAGCAUAGUUUCAAGUCACCAUCAUUGUCAACCAUCGUUUACACACGAACGAUGUGGUAUAGGAACACUUUCUAAGGUUUCUUACUCUAGUCCGUGUUUCUCUGGAAGAUUGGCUUUCUCUCAUAGCCUCUGCUUGAAGAGUUCUUGUAAGGAGCAAACUGGUAGGAGAAAGGUUUCAAGAAUUUGCAGUGUUGUGGAUGACGGCAUGAAUCCAAAUAAUUCAGAUGAUGACGAAAAGGAAUCACUUGAUGAUCAAACCAAAAGGGAAGCUAAUGAUAUGAAUCGGGCAAAUCUUGAGAGAAUGGUUGGUUCGGAUGAUUCUGCAUUUAACGGCUUAGAUCUUGCAACUCUCAUAAGGCAGAAGUAUGGAAGAUCUUAUGAUGUUCAGCUCAUCAAGAAGGAGUUCAUGGGGAGGAAUCUUCUUGCAAUGAAUGUCAUGUGGAAGUACAGAGAACAGAGAUCUUUUCCUCUAACCGAAGAGGAAUAUAUACUGAGACUUGACGAUGUAGCCAACAUGUUGAAAUGCUGGGGAGCCGUCUCACAUAUCCGUAACAGCCUAGCAAAGUCCAAAGAGCGACCUAGGAUAGGGAAGGCUGUGAGCAUUUUCAUAGACAUGGAUUCAACAGGUGGACGAGCAAACGAAUGGAUUUACAAGUAGCAAAAACCGACCGGUUUACAAAACCCUAAACCAAACAAAGCAAAAGCUUCUUUGCCUAUACAUAGUCAUCAAUUCAUUUUCAUUGUGCUAUAUUUGAUGUCUCGAAUUAUAUUAUAUGUAUACAUGUGUGUAUAGCUUAAGUAGACACAAAUCUUUAUGAACU